AUGGCGGAUAAAGACGCCACAGCUGCCCUGGGGCAGACUGGCAGAAGGGGGGGCUGCGCCACAGUGUACGACGAUGCGGUGGAGGAGCGCGUCAUAAACGAGGAGUACAAGAUCUGGAAGAAGAACACUCCAUUUCUGUACGACCUGGUGAUGACCCACGCCCUGGAGUGGCCCAGUCUCACUGUGCAGUGGCUCCCGGACGUCAACCGGCCGGAGGGCAAGGACUACACGGUGCACCGGCUGGUUCUGGGCACUCACACGUCAGACGAACAGAAUCACCUGGUCAUUGCCAGCGUCCAGGUCCCCAACGAUGACGCACAGUUUGAUGCAUCACACUACGACAGCGAGAAGGGAGGUAUGUUGAAGGAUGAACAGCUUCUGGCUUCUCUUUGUGAGUUUGGAGGCUUCGGUUCAGUCAGUGGGAAAAUCGAGAUCGAGAUCAAGAUAAACCACGAGGGAGAAGUGAACCGAGCUCGCUACAUGCCCCAAAACCCGGUAAUCAUCGCCACCAAGACUCCCACCUCCGACGUGCUGGUGUUUGACUACACCAAGCACCCGUCUAAACCAGACCCGAGUGGAGAGUGCUCCCCUGACCUGAGGCUAAAGGGUCAUCAGAAAGAAGGCUACGGUCUCUCCUGGAACCCCAACCUCAGCGGGAACCUCCUCAGCGCCUCUGAUGAUCAUACAAUCUGCCUGUGGGACAUAGGAGCGGCUCCUAAAGAGGGGAAGGUGGUUGAUGCUAAGACCAUCUUCACCGGACACACGGCGGUGGUGGAGGACGUGUCUUGGCACCUGCUGCACGAGUCUCUGUUUGGGUCUGUGGCAGAUGACCAGAAGCUCAUGAUAUGGGACACUCGCUCCAACAACACGUCCAAAGCGAGUCACGCGGUGGACGCUCACACAGCGGAGGUCAACUGUCUGAGCUUUAACCCCUACAGCGAGUUCAUCCUGGCCACAGGCUCCGCAGACAAGACUGUGGCAUUGUGGGACCUGAGGAACCUCAAGCUGAAGCUGCACUCCUUUGAAUCGCACAAAGACGAGAUCUUCCAGGUGCAGUGGUCUCCUCACAAUGAGACCAUCUUAGCAUCCAGCGGCACGGAUAGACGGCUGAACGUCUGGGACCUGAGUAAAAUCGGAGAGGAGCAGUCUGCAGAAGAUGCAGAGGACGGGCCUCCGGAGCUUCUGUUCAUCCACGGAGGACAUACUGCCAAGAUCUCGGACUUCACAUGGAACCCCAAUGAGCCCUGGGUCAUCUGCUCCGUGUCCGAGGACAACAUUAUGCAAGUCUGGCAGAUGGCUGAGAACAUCUACAAUGACGAGGAGCCAGACACUCCGGCCUCAGAGCUGGAGGCACAGGGGUCUUAA